AUGGUAUAUCCUAGAAAAAGAAUGGAUCCGCAACUUAUGAUUAAUGCUGCCCCCGGAGCUUGGGGAGUUUGCAGUGAUUCGGGCUGGAUGACUUCAGAACUUUUCCUAGAUUGGUUUAAAAAGUUCGUCGAAUUUAGCGGAGCAACACCUGAGCGUCCUGUUUUGUUAUUAUUGGAUGGACAUAGUACUCAUACGAAGAACAUUGAUCUCAUAAAUGAAGCACGCACUCACGGCGUUAUCAUUUUAUGUUUCCCACCACAUACAACUCACCGUCUUCAGGUUGCAGACGUUGCUUACAUGAGACCGUUAAGUACCUACUACGAUCAUCAAAUCAUGGCGUGGCAUCGCAGCACCCCAGGGAUGACCAAGUAG